AGCUCUAUGGGUCUGUCCUCUCUGGGCCGGUUGGUGACUCUGUACCUGGAGGAGAACCACAUUGAGGAGUUGGAGGACUUCAGUCUGAGGAACCUGUCCAGUCUGGAGGAGCUCUACAUCAACCACAACCACAUCUCCUCCAUCGGACCCAAAGCCUUCGCUGGACUCGCCAACCUGCUGCGGCUCCACCUGAACUCCAAUCGACUGGUGGCCAUUGACAGUCGCUGGUUCGAGUCCCUGCCGUCCCUGGAGAUCUUGAUGAUCGGCGAGAACCCGAUCCUGGGUCUGGAGGAGAAGAACUUCCUGCCGCUGUCCCGCCUCCACAGCCUGGUGCUGGCUGGGAUGGGUCUGGUCUCCGUCCCCGCCGCCGCCUUCCUGGGCCUCGACUACCUGGAGAGCCUCUCCUUCUACGACAACAGGCUCAGGUCGGUUCCUCGGGACGCUCUGAGCAUGCUCCCUAACCUCAAGUUCCUGGACCUGAACAGGAACCCGAUCAGCCGAGUCCAGCAGGGAGACUUCCAGAACCUUCAGCACCUGGAGGAGCUCAGUCUGAACAACAUGGAGGAGCUGCUGAUGGUGGAGCGAGCUGCUUUCCAGAACCUUCCAGAAAUCGCCAAACUGGAGCUCUGCAGCAACCCACAGCUGUCCUACAUCGACCCGCAGGCCUUCAGUGAGCUCUCCUCCCUGCGGACGCUCCUCCUCCACAGUAACCAGCUGAGCCUCCUCUCUGGAGACAUCCUGUCCUCCCUGCCGUCCCUGGAGGAGGUGUCUCUCCACUCGAACCCUCUGCGCUGUGACUGUCUCUCCUCCUGGGGGCCUCACCUCGGCAACCAGUCGCACCUCAAGAUGCUGGAGUCCUCCAUCACGCUCUGCUCCUCCCCGCCUCACCUGGUUGGUCGAGAGCUGCAGGAGGUGGUGGGGGUUGGAUGGGGCGGAGGCGGAGCUAACAGCUGCCUGCCUCACAUCUCUCCUCACGCCUUCCCUUCCACCAUGAACGUCAGCGCCGGGCAGCCAAUCACACUGGAGUGCUGGGCAGACGCUGACCCCGCCCCCCAGUUCUACUGGGUGACGCCCACUGGAGACAAGGUGAGCUCUGAGGCCAUGGCUGCACCAAUCAUAUCAGAGGAGGGGCGUGGCCUGAGCAGGAAGAAGAAGAAGCAUCGAAUGUCAGAGCCUGGAGCGUUGGUGAUCGAACACGCCGAGCCGUCAGACACAGGUGUGUACACCUGUGUGGCGUGGAACACGGAGGGCGCAGACACGAAGAGCGUCUCAGUGUUCGUGGACUAUCAGGGGUCAGUGGGCUUGUGGUUGGGCGGGGGGACGAGGUGGGGUGGUGAGCCCGGCAGAGAGCAGCCCUGGCUGGGGAACUCGUCCAGCGCUGCAGCCUCUCUGGUGGUGCUGGCGAAGGUGGUGCACGCCCAGUCGGUGGUGCUGGAGUGGAAGUUGUAUCCCAGCGGAGAAGCUUCGUCUGCAGGAGAGAACCAACAGGACGCCCCCCUCCCUCUGACCCGGUGGAGCAGCGCCACCGUGCACAUCGACAACCCUCAGAUCAGCUACACUGCCAAGGUCCCAGUGGACGUUCAGGAGUAUAACCUGACUCACCUCCUUCCUGCCACUGAGUACCACGUCUGCCUCACCGUCUACUCCUCCUCCCCCUUACCCUCCUAUUCCUCCCCCAGCUCCUCCCCCACUCCCAUCACUCCCUCCUCUCCCUCCUCCCCUUCCUCCCCCAUCCACACUUCCUGUCUGAACGUCACCACUAAGGAGGCGGGUUUCUCGGUGGAGUUGGUGGCGUCCCGGCGCAGCAGCGUGGCGUUGGCGGCGGUGAUGGGCUCCAUGUUUGCUCUGUCCAUCAUGGCGCUGCUAGUGGUGUACAUGGGCCGCCGCGUGCAGCAGCACAAGUCCUGCGGACACUCGCUGAAGAAGUACAUGCAGCACGCCACCUCCAUCCCCCUGAACGAGCUGUACCCGCCACUCAUCACGCUGUGGGAGAGCGAGGCCGAGAAGGACAAGGAGGACAAGGAGCAGGAGGAGAGGGAGGCGGGGGAGAGGGGGGAGGAGGCAGGGGGAAGUCAGAUCGACACCACAAAGACUUACAUGUGGUAGCUGGAGGAGGAGGAGGAGGAGGGAGGGGGCGGAGUUUAACUGACAGAGAGACGGACACUCGAGGGUUAACGGAGGAAAGAAGAGGAGCGGGAUGAAGGUUAGCAGAAGACAAGGAGAGGUCACAUGACUCAGAGAGGAGCCUGACAGACAAACAGAGGGGAACAAACGUCCACGCUGUCGAUAACAGCGAGAGGUCACAUGAUCGUCAGGUGGAUAAAAACUGUUAAAGGAA